GCGGCUCGCCCCGGUCCCGCGCACCUCCGCCCGGCUCUUCGGCCGCCGCCGGCGCGUCGCUGCCCAGUGGAACUCCGGGCGAGCCGGGAGAAGACCCUCCUUUUCUUUGGGGGGCGACUUUUGUUUGCUUUCCGGCUUCUUUCUGGUGACUUUUUGCAGCUUUCCAAGAUCUGUGCCCGGAGCGCACGGGAAUCCGCCGAGUCGCUGCGUGCAGGCCCUUUUUUUCUUUUGAGGUCCGCUUUCUUUGUAACUUUACGCCGCGGCUGCUCGGGUUACUUUUGUAAUUUCCCGCCCCCGCCUGCUGGCGGUCCUGGAGUCGCUCGGGGCAGCGGCCCGGGGGAUGCAACGUGGACCGCGCGGGGCUGCCGGCCGCUCCGCCGCCGCGCCUCGCCGCCCGCUGCGCUAGAGCUCGCGCCCCGCCGGCAGUCAGGGGGCCGGCGCUCGGUCCGGGGCUCCCACUAGAGCAGGGAGCCCGAGCUCAAGGGAGUCUCCGGAGCCGACGAAGGGCUUGUUAGACCUGACUUUUUUCGGGCCGCGUAGAUUUUGUCUUUGAGCGCUCCCUCUCCGCGGACCACGGUCCGCGCGCUCUCAGCGCGCGCGAUGGGGAGACGGCGGCGGCUGUGUCUCCAGCCCUACUUCGUGUGGCUGGGCUGCGUGGCGCUCUGGGCGCAGGGCACGGCCGGCCAGCCCCAGCCCCCGCCGCCCAAGCCGCCCCGGCCCCAGUCGCCGCCGCAACAGGUCAGGCCCGCAGCGGCGGGCUCUGAAGGCGGGUUCGCAGUGCCCGAGUACCGGGAGGAGGGCGUCGCGGCGGCCAGCCGCGUCCGCAGGCGAGGACAGCAGGACGUGCUCCGAGGGCCCAACGUAUGCGGAUCCAGGUUCCACUCCUACUGCUGCCCGGGAUGGAAGACGCUCCCUGGAGGAAACCAAUGCAUUGUCCCAAUUUGUAGAAAUAGUUGUGGAGAUGGAUUUUGUUCCCGUCCUAACAUGUGUACUUGUUCCAGCGGCCAAAUAUCACCAACCUGUGGAUCAAAAUCAAUUCAGCAGUGCAGCGUUAGGUGCAUGAACGGUGGGACCUGUGCAGAUGACCAUUGCCAGUGCCAGAAAGGAUAUAUUGGAACUUAUUGUGGACAACCCGUCUGCGAAAAUGGAUGUCAGAAUGGUGGACGUUGUAUUGGACCCAACCGCUGUGCUUGUGUUUAUGGAUUCACUGGUCCACAGUGUGAAAGAGAUUACAGGACAGGCCCAUGUUUCACUCAGGUCAACAACCAGAUGUGCCAAGGGCAGCUGACAGGCAUUGUCUGCACAAAGACUCUGUGCUGUGCCACCAUUGGACGGGCCUGGGGCCACCCCUGUGAGAUGUGUCCCGCCCAGCCUCAGCCCUGCCGGCGGGGCUUCAUCCCCAACAUCCGCACUGGAGCUUGCCAAGAUGUUGAUGAAUGCCAGGCUAUUCCUGGGAUAUGCCAGGGAGGAAACUGCAUCAAUACAGUGGGCUCUUUUGAAUGCAAAUGUCCUGCUGGUCACAAGCAGAGUGAAACUACUCAGAAAUGUGAAGACGUUGAUGAGUGCAGCAUCAUUCCUGGGAUAUGUGAGACUGGCGAAUGUUCCAACACCGUGGGAAGCUAUUUUUGCGUUUGUCCACGUGGAUAUGUAACCUCAACAGAUGGCUCUCGGUGCAUCGAUCAGAGAACAGGCACAUGUUUCUCCGGCCUGGUGAAUGGUCGCUGUGCACAAGAGCUUCCGGGCAGAAUGACAAAAAUGCAAUGCUGCUGUGAGCCCGGCCGCUGCUGGGGUGUUGGAACCAUUCCUGAAGCCUGUCCCGUCAGAGGCUCUGAGGAAUAUCGCAGACUUUGCAUGGAUGGACUUCCAAUAGGAGGGAUUCCAGGGAGUGCUGGUUCCAGACCUGGAGGCACUGGGGGGAGUGGCUUUGCUCCAAGUGGCAAUGGCAAUGGCUAUGGCCCAGGAGGGACAGGCUUCAUUCCCAUUCCUGGAGGCAAUGGCUUUUCUCCUGGCGUUGGGGGAGCCGGUGUAGGGGCCGGGGGACAGGGGCCCAUCAUCACUGGACUAACUAUCCUGAACCAGACAAUAGAUAUAUGUAAGCACCAUGCUAAUCUCUGUUUAAAUGGACGCUGCAUACCUACUGUUUCUAGCUACCGAUGUGAAUGCAACAUGGGUUACAAGCAGGAUGCAAAUGGGGAUUGCAUAGAUGUUGAUGAAUGCACAUCGAAUCCCUGCACUAAUGGAGAUUGUGUUAACACACCUGGAUCCUAUUAUUGUAAAUGUCAUGCUGGAUUCCAGAGGACUCCCACCAAGCAAGCAUGCAUUGACAUUGAUGAAUGCAUCCAGAAUGGGGUUCUUUGUAAGAAUGGUCGAUGUGUGAAAGAUGGAAGUUUCCAGUGCAUUUGCAAUGCUGCUUUGAAUUAAACUACAGAUGGAAAAAACUGUGUUGAUCAUGAUGAAUGUACAACUACCAACACAUGUUUGAAUGGGAUGUGCAUUAAUGAAGAUGGCAGCUUCAAGUGCAUCUGCAAACCAGGAUUUGUUUUGGCUCCAAAUGGGCGUUACUGCACUGAUAUUGAUGAGUGCCAGACCCCAGGAAUCUGCAUGAAUGGGCAUUGCAUCAACAAUGAAGGGUCCUUCCGCUGUGACUGUCCCCCAGGCCUGGCUGUGGGUGUGGACGGACGCGUGUGUGUCGAUACUCACAUGCGCAGUACAUGCUAUGGUGGAAUCAAGAAGGGAGUGUGUGUCCGUCCUUUCCCUGGCGCAGUGACCAAGUCUGAAUGCUGCUGUGCCAAUCCAGACUAUGGUUUUGGAGAGCCCUGCCAGCCAUGCCCUGCUAAAAAUUCAGCUGAAUUCCACGGUCUUUGUAGUAGUGGAGUAGGUAUCACUGUGGAUGGAAGAGAUAUCAAUGAGUGUGCUCUGGAUCCUGAUAUAUGUGCCAAUGGAAUUUGUGAAAAUUUACGUGGUAGUUACCGUUGUAAUUGCAACAGUGGCUAUGAGCCAGAUGCCUCCGGAAGAAACUGUAUUGACAUUGAUGAGUGCCUGGUAAACAGACUGCUUUGUGACAAUGGCCUAUGCCGAAACACACCUGGGAGCUACAGCUGCACCUGCCCACCUGGCUAUGUCAGGACUGAGACAGAGACGUGUGAAGAUAUAAAUGAAUGUGAAAGCAGCCCAUGUGUCAAUGGGGCCUGCAGGAACAACCUUGGAUCUUUCAAUUGUGAAUGUUCUCCUGGCAGCAAACUCAGCUCUACAGGAUUGAUCUGUAUUGACAGCCUGAAAGGGACGUGUUGGCUCAACAUCCAGGACAACCGCUGUGAGGUGAACAUCAACGGAGCCACUCUGAAAUCCGAAUGCUGUGCCACCCUCGGGGCCGCCUGGGGGAGCCCCUGUGAGCGGUGUGAACUAGAUACAGCUUGCCCAAGAGGGUUUGCCAGGAUUAAAGGUGUUACUUGUGAAGACGUUAAUGAGUGUGAGGUGUUUCCUGGCAUUUGCCCAAAUGGACGCUGUGUCAACAGCAAAGGAUCUUUUCAUUGUGAGUGCCCUGAAGGCCUUACGUUGGAUGGAACUGGCCGUGUGUGUUUGGACAUCCGCAUGGAGCAGUGUUACUUGAAGUGGGACGAAGAUGAAUGCAUCCAUCCUGUUCCUGGGAAGUUCCGCAUGGAUGCCUGCUGCUGUGCAGUCGGGGCAGCUUGGGGCACUGAGUGUGAGGAGUGCCCCAAACCUGGCACCAAGGAGUAUGAGACCCUGUGCCCCCGGGGGCCUGGCUUUGCUAACAGAGGGGACGUUCUUACUGGGAGGCCAUUUUACAAAGAUAUCAAUGAAUGCAAAGCAUUCCCUGGGAUGUGCACGUAUGGAAAGUGCAGGAAUACAAUUGGAAGUUUCAAGUGCCGUUGCAAUAGUGGCUUUGCUCUAGACUUGGAGGAAAGAAACUGCACAGACAUUGACGAGUGCAGGAUUUCUCCUGACCUCUGUGGGAGUGGGAUCUGUGUCAACACGCCGGGCAGCUUUGAGUGUGAGUGCUUCGAAGGCUACGAGAGCGGAUUCAUGAUGAUGAAGAACUGCAUGGACAUUGACGAAUGUGAACGUAACCCUCUCCUUUGUAGGGGUGGCACCUGUGUGAACACUGAGGGCAGCUUUCAGUGUGACUGUCCACUGGGACACGAGCUGUCACCAUCACGUGAGGACUGUGUGGAUAUUAAUGAAUGCUCCCUGAGUGACAAUCUCUGUAGAAAUGGAAAAUGUGUAAACAUGAUUGGAACUUAUCAGUGCUCCUGCAAUCCUGGGUACCAGGCCACGCCAGACCGGCAGGGCUGUACAGAUAUUGAUGAAUGUAUGAUAAUGAACGGAGGCUGUGACACCCAAUGCACUAAUGCAGAAGGAAGCUAUGAAUGUAGCUGCAGUGAAGGUUAUGCCCUGAUGCCAGAUGGGAGGUCGUGCGCAGAUAUUGAUGAAUGUGAAAAUAAUCCUGAUAUCUGUGAUGGUGGGCAGUGUACCAACAUUCCUGGAGAGUAUCGCUGUCUGUGUUAUGAUGGCUUCAUGGCUUCAAUGGACAUGAAAACAUGCAUUGACGUGAAUGAAUGUGACUUAAAUUCAAACAUCUGCAUGUUUGGGGAAUGUGAGAACACCAAGGGAUCCUUCAUUUGCCACUGUCAGCUGGGGUAUUCAGUAAAGAAGGGGACCACAGGAUGCACAGAUGUGGAUGAGUGUGAAAUUGGUGCCCACAACUGUGACAUGCAUGCCUCAUGUCUAAACGUCCCAGGAAGCUUCAAAUGUAGCUGCAGAGAAGGCUGGGUUGGAAAUGGCAUCAAAUGUAUUGAUCUGGACGAAUGUUCUAAUGGAACCCACCAGUGCAGCAUAAACGCUCAGUGUGUCAAUACCCCAGGCUCCUACCGCUGUGCCUGCUCCGAAGGGUUCACUGGAGAUGGAUUUACCUGCUCAGAUGUUGAUGAGUGUGCAGAAAACAUAAAUCUCUGUGAGAAUGGACAAUGCCUCAACGUCCCGGGUGCAUAUCGCUGCGAGUGUGAGAUGGGCUUCACUCCAGCCUCAGACAGCAGAUCCUGCCAAGAUAUCGAUGAAUGCUCCUUCCAAAAUAUUUGUGUCUUUGGAACAUGUAAUAAUUUGCCUGGAAUGUUUCAUUGUAUCUGUGAUGAUGGUUACGAAUUGGACAGAACCGGAGGGAACUGUACAGAUAUUGAUGAAUGUGCAGAUCCGAUAAACUGUGUGAACGGCCUAUGUGUCAACACUCCUGGUCGCUAUGAGUGUAACUGUCCACCCGAUUUCCAGCUGAACCCCACCGGUGUGGGUUGUGUUGACAAUCGCGUGGGCAACUGUUACCUGAAGUUCGGUCCUCGGGGCGACGGGAGUCUCUCCUGCAACACUGAGAUCGGGGUGGGCGUCAGCCGCUCGUCCUGCUGCUGCUCUCUGGGGAAGGCCUGGGGGAACCCCUGCGAGACCUGCCCCCCCGUCAACAGCACUGAAUAUUACACUUUGUGUCCUGGAGGUGAAGGCUUCAGACCUAACCCCAUCACAAUCAUCUUAGAAGAUAUUGAUGAAUGCCAGGAGUUACCAGGUCUCUGCCAGGGUGGAAACUGUAUCAACACUUUCGGGAGCUUCCAGUGUGAGUGCCCUCAAGGCUACUACCUCAGUGAGGAAACCCGCAUCUGUGAAGAUAUUGAUGAGUGUUUUGCACAUCCUGGUGUGUGUGGACCUGGGACUUGCUACAACACCCUGGGAAAUUACACCUGCAUUUGCCCACCUGAAUACAUGCAGGUCAAUGGAGGCCACAACUGUAUGGACAUGAGAAAAAGCUUCUGCUACCGAAGCUAUAAUGGAACCACUUGUGAGAAUGAGUUGCCUUUUAAUGUGACAAAGAGAAUGUGCUGCUGCACAUACAAUGUGGGCAAAGCCUGGAACAAACCUUGUGAACCAUGCCCAACGCCAGGAACGGCUGACUUUAAAACCAUAUGUGGAAAUAUUCCUGGAUUCACCUUUGACAUUCACACUGGAAAAGCUGUUGACAUUGAUGAAUGUAAAGAGAUUCCAGGCAUUUGUGCAAAUGGUGUGUGUAUUAACCAGAUUGGCAGUUUCCGCUGUGAAUGCCCUACGGGAUUCAGCUACAAUGACCUGCUCCUGGUCUGUGAAGAUAUUGAUGAGUGCAGCAACGGUGAUAACCUCUGCCAGCGAAAUGCCGACUGCAUCAACAGUCCUGGCAGCUACCGCUGCGAGUGCGCUGCAGGUUUCAAACUUUCACCCAACGGAGCCUGUGUAGAUCGCAACGAAUGUUUAGAAAUUCCUAAUGUUUGCAGUCAUGGCCUGUGUGUGGAUUUACAAGGAAGUUACCAGUGUAUCUGCCACAACGGCUUUAAGGCUUCUCAGGACCAGACGAUGUGCAUGGAUGUUGAUGAAUGUGAGCGGCAUCCAUGUGGAAAUGGAACUUGUAAAAACACCGUUGGAUCCUAUAACUGUCUCUGCUACCCAGGCUUUGAACUCACUCAUAAUAAUGAUUGCCUGGACGUAGAUGAGUGCAGUUCCUUUUUUGGUCAGGUGUGCAGAAAUGGACGGUGUUUUAAUGAAAUUGGCUCCUUCAAGUGUUUAUGUAAUGAAGGCUAUGAACUUACUCCAGAUGGCAAGAACUGUAUAGAUACUAAUGAGUGUGUUGCCCUUCCUGGCUCUUGCUCUCCUGGCACCUGUCAGAAUUUGGAGGGAUCCUUCAGAUGCAUCUGUCCCCCAGGGUAUGAAGUAAAAAGCGAGAAUUGCAUCGAUAUAAAUGAAUGUGAUGAAGAUCCCAACAUCUGCCUUUUUGGUUCCUGCACCAAUACUCCCGGGGGCUUCCAGUGCAUCUGUCCCCCUGGUUUUGUGUUGUCUGAUAAUGGACGGAGAUGCUUCGAUACUCGCCAGAGCUUCUGUUUCACAAACUUUGAAAAUGGAAAGUGUUCCGUACCCAAAGCUUUCAAUACCACAAAGGCGAAAUGCUGCUGUAGUAAGAUGCCAGGAGAGGGCUGGGGGGACCCCUGUGAGCUGUGCCCCAAAGAUGAUGAAGUGGCGUUCCAGGAUUUGUGUCCCUAUGGCCAUGGAACUGUUCCUAGUCUUCAUGAUACCCGUGAAGAUGUCAAUGAAUGUCUUGAGAGCCCUGGCAUUUGUUCAAAUGGUCAGUGUAUCAACACAGAUGGGUCUUUUCGCUGUGAAUGUCCAAUGGGUUACAACCUUGAUUACACUGGAGUACGCUGUGUGGAUACCGAUGAAUGUUCAAUUGGCAAUCCCUGUGGAAAUGGGACGUGCACCAAUGUUAUUGGGAGUUUUGAAUGCAACUGCAAUGAAGGCUUCGAGCCAGGGCCCAUGAUGAAUUGUGAAGAUAUCAAUGAGUGUGCCCAGAACCCACUGCUGUGUGCUUUCCGCUGCAUGAACACCUUCGGGUCCUACGAAUGCACAUGCCCGAUUGGCUAUGCCCUCAGGGAAGACCAGAAGAUGUGCAAAGACCUGGAUGAAUGUGCUGAAGGGCUACAUGACUGUGAAUCUAGGGGCAUGAUGUGUAAGAAUCUGAUUGGCACCUUCAUGUGCAUCUGCCCGCCUGGGAUGACCCGAAGGCCUGACGGAGAAGGCUGUGUAGAUGAAAAUGAAUGCAGGACCAAGCCAGGAAUCUGUGAAAAUGGGCGUUGCGUUAACACUAUUGGGAGCUAUAGGUGCGAGUGUAAUGAAGGCUUUCAGUCAAGCUCUUCAGGCACUGAAUGCCUUGACAAUCGACAGGGACUCUGCUUUGCAGAGGUAUUGCAGACCAUGUGUCAGAUGGCAUCCAGCAGCCGUAACCUUGUCACAAAGUCAGAAUGCUGCUGCGAUGGGGGGCGAGGCUGGGGUCACCAGUGUGAGCUCUGCCCACUUCCUGGAACUGCCCAGUACAAAAAAAUAUGUCCUCAUGGCCCAGGAUAUACCACUGAUGGAAGAGAUAUUGAUGAAUGCAAAGUUAUGCCAAAUCUCUGCACCAAUGGUCAGUGCAUCAAUACCAUGGGCUCCUUCCGAUGCUUCUGCAAGGUUGGCUACACCACGGACAUCAGCGGAACCUCGUGUGUAGAUCUUGAUGAGUGUUCGCAGUCCCCAAAACCCUGCAACUUCAUCUGCAAGAACACCGAGGGGAGUUACCAGUGCUCCUGUCCUCGGGGCUAUGUCCUACAGGAGGACGGAAAGACGUGCAAAGACCUUGAUGAAUGUCAGACCAAACAGCACAACUGCCAGUUCCUCUGUGUCAACACUCUGGGAGGUUUUACCUGUAAAUGUCCACCUGGUUUCACACAGCAUCACACUGCUUGUAUUGACAACAAUGAAUGUGGGUCUCAGCCUUCACUUUGUGGAGCAAAAGGAAUCUGUCAAAACACCCCUGGAAGUUUCAGCUGCGAAUGCCAAAGAGGGUUCUCUCUUGAUGCCACGGGACUGAACUGUGAAGAUGUUGAUGAAUGUGAUGGAAACCAUAGGUGCCAGCAUGGCUGCCAGAACAUCCUGGGAGGCUACAGGUGUGGCUGCCCUCAGGGGUAUAUUCAGCAUUACCAGUGGAAUCAGUGUGUCGAUGAGAAUGAGUGCUCCAAUCCAAAUGCCUGUGGCUCUGCUUCCUGCUACAACACCCUGGGGAGCUACAAGUGCGCCUGCCCCUCUGGGUUCUCCUUCGACCAGUUCUCCAGUGCCUGCCACGACGUGAACGAGUGCUCGUCUUCCAAGAACCCGUGCAAUUACGGCUGCUCCAACACGGAAGGGGGCUACCUCUGCGGCUGCCCACCUGGCUACUACAGAGUGGGACAGGGCCACUGUGUCUCAGGAAUGGGAUUUAACAAAGGGCAGUACCUGUCGGUGGAUGCAGAAGUGGAUGAAGAGAACGCUCUGUCCCCGGAAGCAUGCUAUGAGUGCAAAAUCAACGGCUACUCUAAGAAAGACAGCAGACAGAAGAGAAGUCUUUAUGAACCCAAACCCACUGCUGUUGAACAGAUCAGCCUGGAGAGCGUCGACAUGGACAGCCCCAUGAAAAUGAAGUUCAACCUUUCCGGCCUUGGCUCUAAGGAGCACAUCCUAGAACUCAUGCCCGCCAUUGAGCCACUCAACAACCACAUCCGCUAUGUCAUCUCCCAAGGGAAUGACGAUGGCAUCUUCCGCAUCCACCAAAGGAAUGGGCUCAGCUACUUGCACACAGCCAAGAGGAAGCUCGUGCCUGGCACACACACACUGGAAAUCACUAGCAUCCCUCUCUACAAGAAAAAGGAGCUUAAGAAACUGGAAGACAGCAAUGAGGACGACUACCUCCUAGGGGAGCUCGGGGAGGCUCUCAGAAUGAGGCUGCAGAUUCAACUCUAUUAACCCCUUGCAGACUUGGUUCCAGGCUCAAAUCCCUGCACAGCCAGCCUUCAGAAGCCCCUGAGAAAUCAAUGACUAAUUUUAAAGAGGAAAAAAAAAGACUUUUAUUUCUUUCCUCCCUGUCUCAGACUUUAGAAUGUUGACCCUCACAGGGAGUGAUAAUUAGACUCUGGUGUGGCCAAAGAUUUGAGUACAGAGGCAACCGUGGUUACUGUAUUUUCUAUAUAACUUCACUUUAAAAUAUAUUAAAAAAAAAAAAAAACCUAAAUAUUCAA